AAUAUCAAAAGGCUGUGAUAAGUAGUUGCUGAGAAAACUGUUACGAAAGUUUUUUCCCCGCCCGCCCGCCGCCCGCCCGCCCGCCCGCCGCCCAACAUUCACCAUACUAUAACCCGGGUUUGCACCAGUGCAACCCGGCCAAAAAUAGCACAUUUUUAUAGCACAUUUUUUAAUUUAUUCAGUUCAGUCAAUUUUCCUUCAUUGUACUUAGUUUAAGUGGAUACUGUGGCUGAUAGCCUAUAGAAACUCGGGUACGGUCUUCUCCUUAUUGAUGACUUGUUCACACAUUCUUUCGAGUUUUGCUAAUGCACAAUUGUUAGUUUUUUUAAACAUGUUUACAAGAAAGUUUUGUCCACUCUAUAAAACUGAAGUGGUGGGGUUUGUGUCCACUGUGUAAAAUUAAGUGGUGGGGUUUUGUCCACUCUAUAAAAUUUAGUGGUGGGGUUUUGUCCACUCUAUAAAAUUUUGAGUGGUGGGGUUUUAACUGGUGGGGUUUUGUCCUACAUUCUUUGUACUACCAUAGUUUGUACUACCCACUGAUACACUAUAGAUUUGUACAUGCUUGAGUAUGGAUUUACCAAGUACAUCUUCAAAAAUAAGCUCUGGGACAACAAAACAUUGUUGUUACGGUCUAUGUAAUAGUGACUCAAGGUACAAUGACAGAGAUUAUAUGCAAGAUGUUUUUUUCAUACCAUUUCCAAAACCAAAAUCAAAUGAAUUAAAGUGUAAUAAGUGGAUAAGUGCAUGUGGUCGAAAAGACUUUACUGUCAACCACAUUAAAAAGUGGACUUACAUAUGCAGCAAACAUUUUGUUGGAGGUAAAGGACCUACAGACAAUCAUCCAGAUCCUCUUCCUGCCACAUAUACACCACUUCAGGUAGAAAAGUUUUCACGUAAAAGAAAGGCACCAACUCCAAGGGCAGCACCUGUAUCCAAGAAAACUUUGUUUGAGGUUUCAGAGGCUCUUCUUCAGUUACAGGAUACAAAAUACAACUUUGUGCAGAAUGCAAACUCAGAUGGGGAAUAACAAAAAGAUCAAAUUAAACAGGUAAAUGCCUUAAUUGCUAAAUUAAUUUCAAAAUAUUUGUCCGAAUUUAUUGUAUUUAUUCUUUGAUAAAGUUGAUAUUGGGUCAAUAGGUGUGUUUCUAAUUAAUUUGUUGCUGCAGAUAAGAAUCUCAUUUUAAUGCCUCCAU